CUUGGUAAUACGUUUUGUUCUCCAUUGUUGGGAGAGGAUGAAGAAGAAACUUCAUUGUAUCCUCCUGCACACUACACCUUCGUUUUAGUAUUUUGAUUCCUCGUGUCGUUUUCUAGAUUUUACACUACAAAAAUUCAAUCUUUGUCAAGUUGAACAUGUUUUUAUUUCCCCUUUCUAUCAGUUUUUAUUUACACCAUCUCUCGUCCAUCCACUCACUCGGCCACGUUGAUAUAUCACAAAUAAAGGUAAAAGCCACAAAAUAGAAUUCGAUUUUGGAGUGAUUCUCCGGCGACGAUAAGCUAAAAAAAGAGAUAGAAUGGGAAGGUCACUAAUUUUCUCGGGAAGCAUGUCAAUGAGAAUCUCUCAAUCAUCUCUCCCUCUCACAACCCCAUUUUCAUGCCGAGCAGUAGUAACCAGAGAUUUCCGACAUGGAUUGUUGUGUUCAACGAUUUCGUCUAACAGCUCCACGACAAGACUCCGAACAAAAGCUGUUCUGUCUGAUCAGAAGCAGCAUUAUCCCAGAAUCGGCGCUAAAACCACCGGACCUAUCUCCCCGGCACAUCUCCUUCAAGUCGUCGAAGCCGCCGCUAAAACCGGAGCAGAGGUGGUAAUGGAAGCUGUAAACAAGCCAAGGAAUAUCACUUAUAAAGGCCUUAGUGACCUUGUAACUGAUACUGAUAAAGCAAGCGAGACUGCUAUUUUGGAGGUAGUGAAAAAGAAUUUCAGUGAUCAUCUUAUCCUUGGUGAGGAAGGUGGUAUCAUCGGCGAUUCCUCUUCUGAUUACCUCUGGUGCAUCGAUCCUCUUGAUGGAACAACCAAUUUUGCUCAUGGAUAUCCCAGUUUUGCUGUUUCCGUUGGUGUUCUCUAUCGUGGAAAUCCCGCUGCUGCUUCUGUGGUAGAGUUUGUUGGUGGUCCAAUGUGCUGGAACACUCGAACCUUUUCUGCUACUGCAGGCGGUGGAGCUUCGUGUAACGGGCAGAAAAUCCAUGUCAGUAACACCGAUGCUGUGGAGAGAGCACUUCUUAUCACAGGGUUUGGAUAUGAACAUGAUGAUGCGUGGAGUACUAACAUGGAGCUUUUCAAAGAGUUCACUGAUGUGAGCCGAGGAGUGCGAAGGCUCGGUGCUGCAGCAGUCGACAUGUGUCACGUGGCUCUCGGGAUUGCCGAAUCGUAUUGGGAGUACCGUUUAAAGCCAUGGGACAUGGCUGCUGGUGUUCUUAUAGUUGAGGAAGCUGGAGGAGCUGUGACUCGUAUGGAUGGAGGGAAGUUCACUGUGUUCGAUAGGUCUGUUUUGGUGUCCAACGGCGUUCUUCAUUCCAAGCUUCUGGAUAGAAUCGCACCAGCUACUGAGAAUUUGAAGACGAAAGGAAUCGAUUUCUCCUUAUGGUUUAAGCCUGAAGAUUAUCAUACAGAACUUUAAGUUUUUGUGUUUGUUCAAGAAAGGUAUCAUAUUGCUAUAUGGCUUUUACCUCUUUGAGUUACAUUAUUAUAUUAUAUGAAUAAUCGGUGGAACUUUAGUUACAAUAAGA